GUAUGCAUCAUUUAAUUUCUGUACUUUUGUAUCAUACCUUUGUGUACCACAAUGAAGGAAUAUGCCUAUAUAUCAGAAGUAGGUCCCUCAAAAUAGGCCCUGUGUAUCAAUGAGAGCAGCGUCACGUUUACUUCAAGAGCAUUGUUGGUUUAUAGCCUGAACUUAACAUACAGGAGCACUAUAAGUAUUUUUAUACCCCGUCUUAAAGAAAUCUAUUAUUGCUAUUUACAUAAUCUAACCGCCCAUCGUGUCGGCAGGGGGCGCCCGUGAACUAUUUUGAUGUGCAUCGAAGACGCCGUAGAAGAAGAGUGAGUGUUGUAAACAGAAGGAUAUGGCUGACGAGAGGGGUGGAGGUGAAGAUAACAUUAACGAUAACAUGGGCAACCAGUUACAGCUUUUACCAGACAAUGAGGAGGAAGAGGAGGAGGAGGAUGACAUGGAGACUGAAGAUCGAGACAAUGAGGAGGCAGUGAAGCCCAACAUCAUCACCUUUGACCCUAGUCUUCCCACAUCACAUGCUUACCUGGGUUCAGACAUGGAAGAGUUUCAUGGUCGUACAGUCCACGAUGAUGACAGCUGUCAGACCAUUCCUGUGCUGCCACACACAGCUGUGAUGCUAGUGCCGGGCCAGACGCUGCCUCUGCAGCUCUUCAGGCCACAGGAGGUCAGCAUGAUAAGGAGCAUUAUCCAGAGAGACCGCACUUUUGCUGUACUCGCACACAGUGAUGGAGGCGAGCCAGAGGCAGAGUUUGGGACAACAGCUGAAAUCUAUGCAUACCGGGAAGAGCAGGAGUAUGGCAUUGAAACAGUCAAAGUGAAAGCUGUGGGCAGGCAAAGAUUCAAGGUCCAUGAGAUAAGAACUCAAGCAGAUGGGAUCAGACAAGCCAAAGUGUGGAUCCUUCCAGAACGAGUCCUUCCAGAUCCCCUCGCUGCCGUGCAGCUAACACCCCUCACCAGGCUGCACAUGCAGCCCUCCUCCAAAUCCCUGACUCAGAGCGGCAAACAGUCCCAGUGCUGGUGGAGUAACUACCAACAGAGGAAGUUUCACAGUGCCAGUCUGACACCAUGGCCACCCUGGGUCUAUGCACUGUACGACUCUGAGUCGCUAAUGAACAGAGUGAAGAAGCAGCUCCACGAAUGGGAUGAGAAUCUGAAGGAUGACUCUCUCCCUAAGAACGCCGUAGACUUCUCUUACAGAGUAGCAGCCUGUUUGCCCAUAGACGAUGUCCUGCGGCUCCAGCUUCUGAAGAUCGGCAGUGCCAUCCAGAGACUUCGCUGUGAGCUGGACAUUAUGGACCGGUGCACGUCGCUGUGCUGUAAGCAAUGCCAGGACACAGAAAUCACCACAAAAAAUGAGAUCUUCAGUUUGUCUCUGUACGGUCCCAUGGCUGCAUACGUCAACCCUCAUGGUUACGUCCACGAAACCCUGACUGUCUACAAAGCUAACAACCUAAACCUGGCUGGCAGGCCAUCCACACUGCACAGCUGGUUUCCGGGGUACGCCUGGACAAUCGCUCAGUGCCGAACCUGCGGGUCACACAUGGGUUGGAAAUUCACAGCCACUAAGAAGGACUUGUCUCCCCCUCGAUUUUGGGGUCUGACCCGCUCAGCUAUGCUGCCCCGUAUCCCCCAGGGUGAGGGGGAGGAGGACAGACAGGGCUCUCGUGUCUUCUGCCUGUGACCAUAGACGUGCAAACCCUCCCAAACCUGAAUCUUCAGCCACUCUCUGGCUGCACUUACUUUUAAAAAUCAACGCAUCACACAGCGCCUGUCACCCUUAGCAGCAAAUCUGUCAUAUUAGCGAAAAGGUCAUUUGACAGGAGCAAAUUAGAAGGAUUGAAGGCAGUGAUGGUUCUCAAAAUGUAGAGACAGCAGAGAGACAACUGUGCAUUGUGAUAAACCGAGCAAAAAAAAAAAAAAAAAGACAGAUUGAAUCCAUGACACAUGGUAGCAUCCCAGCAUGCAGCGCCCUGAUCUGCACCUCUGUCCAGCUGUUACCUGCCAGGUACACUCACAGAGGCACAAAAGCUGUGCUUAAUGUAUAAUUUCUCUUCAGCUCUUUUUCUCCUUUCUGACAGAGUAUAACUGCAUGCAGGUGAGGUAGAGAGGCUGCAGGUUGCCUUAGCUGCUUUAUUCUGAUGUGAAACAAACCAGUCAACAUACAGUAACUUCCCUUAGCAUUCAGAUCCUUUGUGGGUUUCUCACUGUAUUUUCUGAUGUAUUUUCACCUGCCAUAGGUCAGACGGGGAAGCAGUUUGAAUGAAAGUGCACUCAUGUAUGUGUAGAUCUGUUAUAACAGAGGAUAUUUUGAAUCUUGGGAUUAAAGUGGGUGUAUUUUUGUAUGGAGGAUGAAUUGAAAUUAAUUUAGCGUAUCCAGUCAUGUGGAAACCUGUGCUUUUUAUUAUAUUACGCCAGUUUCUGUGUAAUAAACAAAACUGAGGUAACAAUAACGAUAGGCUGUAAUAUACUUGAUACAAUCAGUGUCAGUUUUGUGUUCCACUAAGGCUCAUUGUCUUGUCAGGUGAUGGGCUUCAGGAAACAAGUGAUAUCUCUCUGAUUGCACAAAUGAAAAUUAGAGAUGUCUUGGUGCCUCAUUGGCAGACUUUUUUUUAGGUCAAAGCUAAUUAAGGGAAUGAGGAGUAUUUAGCCUUUAUCAUUUAGUUUCUGUUGUGUGGCAUGUUAAAAUAGUGUGCCUACACUCUAGUUCAGUGUCUUUUGAUAAAGCAGUGAACCUUAGACGUGAAUGAAAGAUUGUAAAUGGCAAUGUUAUGAUGAUGCAUUGAUUUAAUUGUUCAUUUUUUAGGAUUCUGUUUGGUUUGUAGUCUCAGUUUUCAGGACUUCUUGUGAUUGUGUUUCAGUAUGUUUGUAUAAAUAGAGUUGUAUAUAAAAACCAGUUAUAGAAUUUGCUGUGUGAUAUAACUGGUGUUCUGCUGUUUGUAGAAUCUGACUUUUGUUUCUCAUUUCUCUUUGUCACUGAGGCUGGUUAGAAAAAAGGUCUUGUCAUCAGUAGGCAACUGUCUAGAAUCUGAAGAUGUUGGUCUGUCUAAUGGACAUGUUUUUGAAUACUUCCUUUAAGUAUCUGUUUGAUAUUUUUGGCAAAUAAGUUGUUUAUGGUUGUUUUUUUUUCCUGUUCCCAGAGAGAACUGACACCACGCUCACUUCAUUAGGAUGAAUAUAAAGCUGCAGCCAGCAGCCGGUCAGCCUAGCUUAACCCAAAGAAUGGAAGUAGCCAGUUUGAUGCUGUCCAAAGGUAAACCUCUAGAGCUCACUAACACACUGUAUGUUGUUGAUCUAACUCGUACAAAAAACAGUGCAAGAAUGGAAUUUAAAGGUUUCAUGGCAGUUAUGUGCCAGAAUGUUUCCUGGAUGCGGUGACUCACAGCAUUGGUGCUCUCAGUCUUUACACUUUGGUUUGUGUAUGGAUUUUAAAAAAAUGAUUAAUGUGAUUGAUGUUCUGUCUUCUAGACAAAGCCAGGCUAGUUGGCUGAGCUAAACUAACUGGCUGUUGGCUGUAGCCUUAUUUCUAUCAUCUUUAACUUUAUGCAUUAAAACAAACAAGCAGAUUUCUAAAAAUGUUGAACCUUUAAAGCGGAACAACUCGGUUUAAAACUUUACCUGUGUUUUUCUUAUGGUCAUCGUACAACAAGUGAUGACAAUAAGUGAAAGCAUAAUUAACUUUUACAUCUCAUGCAGUUUGUCCAGAAUUAAUCUUAUCAUUGAUAUUCAUAUUUUUGUGAGAGUAAGCUACCUUAAAAAUCACUUACUUUUUAAAAAUUCACAUUUCAGACAUUUAUUUAUAAAUCUCAAGUUUCAUAUCAUUUUGUUUGCUGGAGACAGGAUGUUUUUGGCAUAAGAACAAUACGUAAAAACUAAACUGGUGUUGUGCCUCUUUUGGUCAUACUUUCUGUCAUUGCUGAUUCAGCGUUUGCUAUAGGCUUUCAGAUGGUCAUUCAACAAUGACAUGGAUGCUUCACUGGCGAAAUCACUGGGCUGACUCCAAAGAAGGUCUUUGCUUGUGUUUCCAUGGCAUUCAGUGUGUGACAAGAGUAAAAUAAAUGUGCAGUUAUCCUGUGACUCUCUUCUGA